CCCUGUGCUAGAAUACUAUGCGACCAUGGCAAGUAUAGCCAGCAGCGAAGGACCUAUAAAUGAGCAGGCAAUCGCCAACAUGUACGGUGUUCUGCGCUCCGAGAUGAACCAACUCUACUCAAAAAUCACAGAGCUGGAAAUGGAAGUCAGCGAGCACACCCUUGUGAUCGGAGCAAUAGAACCACUCGAUCCAUCAAGGCGCUGCUACCGCAUGAUUGGAGGGGUGCUUGUAGAGCGAACAAUAAAAGGGGUCCUGCCUGCAGUGCAACGCAACAAGGAAGGCCUUGAAGAGGUCAUUGCUCGCUUAAACGAAGCGUUGGAGAAGAAGAAGAAGGAGAUAGCAGAUUUUGAGCUGAAGCACAAGAUUAAGAUAAGGAGACAAGAUGAUGCUAACGAAGGUGAGGGAGGGAAGAAGGAAGGAACGGCUCAGGGUGUGCUUGUCGGCCCUGCAGGCAAUGAAGGGAAGUAGUUGCCGACUGAAGUUUCAUUUGUUCACGAGCUAAAAAUGUGGUUUUGAUCUUUUAGUGUGGGGAUUUCAGUUGUGAAUUCGAAUAUAUUAUGUAUUAUUGUGUUCUCAUUUGUGGAUUUAGAUCUUUGAGUUAGGGAUGCUGAGGAUAUAACAUUAUUGAUUGAAAAUAUUUAGUUGCAGCGCGGAUGAAAUCUGUCAUCGGUGUCAUUUGUCAUUCA